GAAGAAUAUUUCUGUUCUGAAGACUUGAAUUAAAGAAACUGGACAGGGUGAUGAAGUUGGUCAACAGCUAUGGGAUUGGAUGUAUCAAGAGCCUUCCAAAAUUUGUCACAGCUAAAUUUGAAAAGCAAUGGCACUGUGCAGCUUCAUCGUCUUCUCUAUUAGCUGGUCUGCAGUGCUUCAUGAAGGAUUCAGUUUGCCUGUGAAAAAUCAGCCUGCUGAAAUUGUCCCACAUAGACAGCGCACCAAACGAUGCUCUUGCAUUAAUCAGCUGGACUCUGAAUGCCACUACUUCUGCCAUCUGGACAUCGUCUGGGUGAACACACCAGGUAAGACCACUGUGUAUGGUCUGGGUAGUCCAUUGGCCCGACGCCGCAGAUCUACAGGCCGCUGCUUCUGUGACAAUCCUGCUGACCAAACCUGUAACACCUUCUGCUCCCACAGGAUUCACCAUGUCUUUAGCUCAAAUAUCACAGCUGUCCUGCUGAGGAGCUUUUCUGAACCACUGCAGGAAAAAUCAGAGCUUAACUCAGACCUCCAUGCUGCUGUGGAAAACCGCAACAAUGCUGAUUCAAGAAUAAAGGCUUCUAGUGAAUCUGUGAAUAGUGCUCAUGUUGAGUUCCUGACAUUGCUCAGGAACUUGCUGAGAGCUAAAUCCAGGGCCAUGAAGAUGGCUGAUACGGUCAGGCCUAAAAGCUUGAGGGCACAUAAUCAAGGCCCCAGGUAAAGGUUUAUGGGGACAGUAGUGUGGAGAUUGAGCACUUGAACAAAACACAACCCCGAGAACUGUGGGGUAGAAGCAUGAAUAAGACGUCACAUACAGAAGACGCAACCUGGGAGACUGAAAAGGCAGGAAAUAGCAGGACAGGGGAAGCGACAAUGAGGGUCAAGCCUUUAAAUCAUGUAGAAAGGUUUAGAUACAAUGAAGUAGACAAGCAAGUGAUGAAGAAGGUCUGUGUGGCAAAAACUUCUGAAGAAUGUGAAUGCUGAGUGUGCGCUUAGCUGAUAGCAAGGAAGGAUCACAUAUGAAUCUUUGGCAACUGAAUAGGAUAAGUACUGGCAGCAUUUAUAUUGGGUUUGAAGAAGAAAACAAGCAAACUUUUCUUUUAAAUCAGUAUAAAGGGGCGUUGCAUGGAAUUAACGGAUGAAAACUCUCAAGUAAAAAAAAAUUAUAUAUUAAAUGCAGUGUAACAGGGAGAUAAAAAGGACAUAAGUUUUGAAAUAGUCUUCAUUUGUAUAAAACAUAUAAAUCAUAAUAUUCAUUAUCACCUGGAAAUGUUGUAUACAGU